AUGUCCUUGCAGGCCAGAAGCCUCCGCACGAGAGGUGCCAUGAACGAGAACGAUGAGAACGGGCCGUCGACGCGCCUGACCCGGGCCAAGGCUGCUGCCCUGUCGUCCGGUGACGCCCACACCACUGCCGCCGCCACUAAGAAACCCACCCUACAGACCAAGAAGGCUGCCACCGCCACCACUACCGGAACUACGAGACGACGUGCAGCUCUGGGAGAUGUGAGCAAUGUUGGCAAGACAGAGAAUGGCGAAGUCAAGGAGGCGAAGAAACCGGCUGUGACUAAAGCUCCCUUGGCACCCAAGAACAACCUGCCGACCGGAGGCGUUCAGAAACCCACCAAAACGAACCCGGCACGCACCAACCCUGGAGUCAAGAGUGACACCGCGAAGAAGCAGCCCGCAGAACCGAAACGCCCUGGUAGCGGAUCUGGAAUUGGUGGAAAUCAGCCGAGACGGACCACGACCCGCAACUUACAGCAGAAAGAGGCAGUGCCAGAGGAACCACCAUUGAAGAAGGCCACUGUCGAAAAGAAGGAAAAGAAGCCAGUGACGGAACAGGUUCGGGAUGAGAACGCCCAGGCACCUAUUGAUCCCAAGGUUUUGGAGAAGCCUACCGAAGAUUUUGUGGAUGAUCUGGACGCUGAAGACCUCGAUGACCCGUUGAUGGCCGCCGAAUACGUUGUUGAGAUCUUCGACUAUCUUGCAGUGCUUGAGGAGGAGACCUUGCCCAAUCCUGACUACAUCGACCAUCAGCCCGACUUGGAAUGGAAAAUGCGUGGUAUCCUUGUCGACUGGCUCAUCGAAGUUCACACUCGUUUCCGCCUACUCCCCGAAACCCUGUUCCUUGCUGUGAACAUCAUCGACCGUUUCUUGUCUGAGGAAGUGGUCGCUCUGGACCGUCUUCAAUUGGUUGGUGUCGCUGCUAUGUUUAUCGCAUCCAAGUACGAGGAAGUACUCUCGCCCCACGUCGCGAACUUCAGCCACAUCGCCGACGAGACCUUUUCGGACAAGGAGAUCUUGGACGCUGAACGUCACAUUCUCGCCACGCUGGAAUACAACAUGAGCUAUCCCAACCCGAUGAACUUCCUCCGCCGCAUUUCCAAAGCAGAUAACUACGACAUUCAAACUCGUACUCUUGGAAAGUACCUCAUGGAAAUUAGCCUUUUGGAUCACCGAUUUAUGGAGUACCGCCAGAGCCAUGUUGCGGCCGCUGCAAUGUACCUGGCUCGCCUUAUCCUCGCUCGGGGGCCUUGGGACGCCACCUUGGCUCAUUAUGCUGGAUACACGGAAGAGGAAAUCGACCCCGUCUUCCGGCUGAUGAUCGAUUACCUUCAUAGACCCGUGUCCCACGAUGCGUUCUUCAAGAAAUACGCUAGCAAGAAGUUCUUGAAGGCAUCCAUCCUUACCCGGCAAUGGGCGAAGAAGUACCACCAACUUUACAUCACCAGUUCUAUGUCAGAACCCUACCACUUCAUUCAAGAAAAGGAGUAA